AUGGCUGAACAAAAGAGUCUCGCGCAAGACCUGUUUGAGGACAUGGGCCGCAAAGUCGCAGAGGCGAGCGCACAGGAAGGCGACGAUGAUACAAAAGUUGUCGAUGAGAUUGAGAGCUUGUGCAUGAACUGCCAUGAAGACGGCACUACUCGACUCCUGCUCACCAAGAUCCCAUUCUUCCGCGAGAUUGUCAUCAUGUCUUUUGCAUGCCCUCAUUGCCACUUCAAGAACACUGAAGUCCAGCCCGCUGGCGAGAUACAACAAAGGGGCAUCAAGUUUACAUUAAGAGUGGAUUCCGCAGAUGACCUCAGCCGACAGAUUAUCAAGAGCGACACCGCUGUAUUCCGCAUUGAAGAUAUCGAUCUCGAAAUACCACCAGGUCGAGGACAGCUGUCGAACGUCGAGGGCAUCCUUUCCAUGGUUGCGCAAGAUCUAGAACAGAAGCAGGAAGAGAGGAAGGAGGUCAUACCCGAGGUCUACGAGAAGAUACAGGGCGUCAUUGAGACCAUCAAGCAAAUGGCGAGCGGACAGAAGCUACCGUUCAAGCUCACAGUCGACGACCCAGCCGGUAACUCUUCCAUCGAGCCCCCAAGCCAGCUCAUGGGAGGUAAGUACUCUCGUAGUGAGUACCCACGCACGCCUGCACAGAACGAAGCUCUAGGACUUGGUGAUAGCAGUGGCGAGGCACCCGCGACCGAGAUCCGCCCGGAGUACCAAGCGUCGCAGAUGUACCCCGAGAUGCCUACUAGUUCGAUGGUCAACAAUGUGGACGAGGAUGAUAUUGUCGAGAACCAGGUCUAUUCGUUCCCUGCAACAUGCCCCGGAUGCACCAAGACGUGCACCACUAACAUGAAGAUGGUCAACAUUCCGCAUUUCAAGCAGGUUGUCUUGAUGAGCACUGUAUGCGAUCACUGUGGAUACCGAAGCAACGAAGUGAAGACUGGUGGAGAAGUGCCAGAACAAGGGCGCCGCAUUACUGUAUCUGUUGACAGCAAAGAGGACAUGUCACGCGACAUCCUCAAGGCCGAGUCUUGCGCCAUGUCAUGCCCAGAGCUCAACCUCAGCGUCGAGCCCGGAACACUUGGUGGCCGCUUUACCACGGUGGAAGGCAUCUUGACGCAAGUGCGCGAUGACCUUAAGGCCUCCAUUUUCGACACUGGCGAUGGCGGUGACUCUAUGAACUCGGAAUCCAAAUCGAAGUGGACUGAGUUCUUCGCCAAGGUGGCCUCGGCUAUCAAUGGCCAGGUCAAAUUCACCAUCAUUCUUGAGGAUCCCCUCGCCAGCAGCUACGUCCAGAGCUUCACGGCACCGGAGCCAGACCCUCAAAUCAAGGUAGAAGACUACGAGCGGACCGAGGCGGAGAAGGAGGAGCUGGGUUUGAACGACAUGAAGACAGAGAACUACGAGGAAGAACACGCCGCAUCAAAUGGGGCGACGACCAACGGAGCGUAG